AUGUCGUUGUUAAAGUUCUCGUUUGCAAUUUUCGUGAUCGUCGUAGUGCGCAGUGAACACGCGAAGCAGGAUGAACAACAAGAACACAAAUUUUUAUUCACAACUUUUAAACAAAAUAAUAAUCGAGAUUAUUACCACAGUGAUUUUCCUUUCAUCAAAAAUAAGAAUAAAACUUUAGAAUAUUCUGCAGCUUUCCAGAACACGCUGGGUCACCUGAGACCCCAGACUCCGCUGGAAGUGCAGGCGAACGCGGCUAAGGGCGUCGCUGCGAGACUGCUGGGCGCGGAUCGGGCCGAAUUGUUCGUAAUGAUCGUGAACUCUGAUCUAGGACCCAUUGGAAAAGAUACUUUCACGAUAAUAAAAAAUUCACUCGGAAAAAUCGAGAUCACCGGCACUUCCGGGGUGGCUGUAGCUUGGGGAUUGUACUACUACCUGAAGACCUACUGCAACGUUCACGUAUCAUGGGAUGGGGAUCAGCUCGAGCUACCGAACACUCUUCCAGAUGUUCGUGUGAACGUCACAUCGAACGACAGAUUCAGAUACUAUCAAAACGUUUGCACUGGAAGCUACAGCUCAGCCUGGUGGCAGUGGGAUGAAUGGGAGCGAAACAUCGACUGGAUGGCCCUUAAUGGGAUCAAUUUGGCGCUUGCUUUCACCGGGCAAGAAGCAAUCUGGGAACGUGUAUACCUUGAAUUAAACUUCACCAGGGACGAGAUCAAUGGACACUUUGGGGGACCAGCAUUUUUGACCUGGGCUAGAAUGGGCAACAUCCGUGGUUUCGGUGGCCCUUUGACUCGAGCCUGGCACGAAAAAUCGAUCCGUCUGCAGCAUCUUAUCCUCCAGAGAAUGAGAGAUUUAGGGAUCGUUCCUGUUCUACCAGCAUUCGCAGGACACGUGCCCAGAGCCAUUACAAGACUAUUUCCCAAGGCGAAUGUGACUAAAUUUGGCACCUGGAAUCAGUUUGAAGAUAAGUAUUGUUGUCCCUACCUCUUAGAGCCCACGGAUCCACUCUUCCAGACUAUCGGUGAGAAGUUUUUGAAAACGUAUAUCGAAGAGUUUGGUACCGACCACGUCUACAAUUGCGACACUUUCAAUGAAAACGAACCGUACACCAGUGAGCUGAGGUUCCUCAGGAACAUUGGACAAUCGGUUUUCAAGGCUAUGGAGAACGUUGACCCCAAAGCAAUAUGGUUAAUGCAAGGUUGGUUGUUCGUCCACGACUACACGUUCUGGACCGAACCCAGGGCGGAGGCUUUUCUGACGUCUGUGCCAAUUGGACGGAUGAUCGUGUUGGAUCUUCAAUCGGAACAGCUCCCCGAGUACACAAGAUUCAACUUCUACUACGGUCAACCUUUCAUUUGGUGUAUGCUUCACAACUUUGGCGGAACACUGGGCAUGUUUGGCUCUGCGAGCAUUAUUAACCACCGCGUUCUCGAGGGAAGAAACACCAAGGGAAGUACAAUGGUGGGGACAGGCUUAACACCCGAAGGAAUAAACCAGAACUAUGUGAUCUACGAACUAAUGAACGAGAUGGCCUAUCGCCGCGAGUCUAUCAAUUUAGACGAUUGGUUCGAGAACUAUGCCAGUCGGAGGUACGGCGCGUGGAACGAAUUCGCCGUCACAGCUUGGAAAAGUUUAGGACGAACUGUUUACAAUUUCUCUGGCUUGAAACGUGUACGUGGACGUUACGUGAUCACUCGACGUCCGAGUAUGAAUCUGACUCCUUGGGCUUGGUACAAGUCCGACGUGUUUUUCCAUACGUGGAAAACUUUCUUGCAAGCGAGAGUCGGAAGAAGGAACAGUACCCUGUAUCGUCACGACGUGGUGGACCUAACGAGGCAAGCUCUUCAGCUGAAAGCAGACGAUAUUUACGUGGACUUGAUGGAAUCUUUCGACAAACAAAACAUUACUGCCUUCAGAUCGUAUUCUGAAUCGUUGCUAGAACUUUUCGACGAUUUGGAGUCGAUACUGGCCUCUGGAAAAAACUUUCUGCUGGGCACGUGGUUACGGGACGCGAAAAAUCUGGCCGUGAAUAACGCGGAGAAACUGUUGUACGAGUACAAUGCCAGAAAUCAGAUUACAUUAUGGGGACCACGGGGUGAAAUCAGGGACUACGCAUGCAAGCAAUGGUCGGGAAUGAUUGCGGAUUAUUACAAGCCACGAUGGGCCAUUUUCCUCGAUGUCCUCGGUAACGAUCUUAGUAACGGCACGAAGGUGAACGUUACCAAGAUCAACGAGAGAAUUUUCGAAGAGGUCGAGAAGCCUUUCACGUUUGACCGGAAGAUUUAUCCGUCGGAAACAAAAGGUGACAGUAUCGAGUUAGCGAUGAAAAUUUUAUCCAAGUGGCACAAACCAACGAAACUGGAGGCAAAGUCGCUUAGGAUGUUUGGGAAUCUAAACGGCAGAUGGGAGGAAGGAAGGAUCUAAUUGAAGAAUUAUUUGUAAAAUGAUUUGUUCGACGAGGGUUGGGCGAUUAUUAAAUACACGACCACGUA